AGAUGCCCUUUUUUUUUGUAGGCCUCAGGAAGUAAAUAAAGAGGAACUGGAAGGAAACAGCAUGAGGUGUGGUCGAAAACUUGCAGAGGGUGGCCAUUACUGCUGGCGGUGGACUGGGUUCAACUUUGGCUUUGACCUUCUUGUCACUUAUACAAAUGGUUACAUCAUUUUCAAGCGGAAUACGCUGGAUCAGCCGUGCAGUGGAUCAGUCAGUCUGCAGCCUCGGAGAAACAUAGCCUUCAGGUUACGUGUAACCUCUUUUGAUAGCAGCGGGAAAGUUACUUUCAGUAGAACAACAGGAUAUCAGAUUCUAACCUUUCAGAAGGACCAGGAGCAGAUAGUGAUGAAUUUGGACAGAAGCCUCCUGACCUUCCCGCUCUACAUCUUCUGUAACUUUUUGUACACAUCGCCAGAGAAGACGACCGACAGCGAGGCACUGCCAGAUAACUCAGAAACCUGAGACCUCUUUAUAUAUUAUAUAUCUAUAUAUUUUAUAUAUAUAUAUAUGGCCUUAGUAUACUCCUAUGCAUAUCUGAAAAGAUCAUCAGAAAUUGUGUAGGCCAAAACUAGUUAUCCCAUAUGUUUUUUUAAUUUCUGUUCUGCACCUGCAGACAGUAGCCAUUCCGUGGUUAAGAAAUGUUAGACUUUUUAUUUUCCUGGGUGAAAACUGAGCCAAAUGGGACAGGGGGAGUUUGUGUGAAUGACAUCUUACGAACUUUCCUGUCAGAUUCUGAGCACGCAUUGUAGGACGCGUGGUUUUUGUAGUGUCUUAUUUGUUUGUGGGUUGGUUUUUUUUUUUAAAUGACUGAUCUGUAAAUACCA